AAAUGAAGCAUAUGUGACAUUUCCAAAUCGACUUAUUUUUAUAAGCAUCGGCUUUGGCUCCAAAGAAUUGCGUUGACUAACUACCGUUACCCAUCUUACAUCAUCAUGGCCUCCACAGGUACCAUCUUGCGCCGGGCUUUAUUGUACGUCCCGGGCUCCUCUCAGCGCAUGCUGGACAAAUCUCGCAAUCUCGUCGCGGACUGUGUGGCAUAUGACCUGGAAGAUAGCGUAACCCAAACAAGAAAGGCCGAAGCACGCACCUUGAUUCGAAAUGCCAUUGACCAACCCAAGCCAUCUGGCAUAAAAGAGCGCGCUGUGCGCAUCAAUUCCGUCAGCAGUGGGCUGGCCCUAGCUGAUCUUACAGAAAUGCUCAAAUCUCCAAAUCUAACUACUCUCGUCGUUCCAAAAGUUGAAAGCGCCUCUGACCUCCACUUCAUCUCUGAUGUAAUAUCCCAUACUCGCUCCAACCUCAAACCCACCGAAUCCAAUCCAGACCCAUCCAAAAAUCCACCAAUCUCCGUCAUAGCUUUAAUUGAAAGCGCGAAAUCAAUUCUGAAUCUUCCUCAAAUCUGCACUGCCACCACACAUCAGUUAUCAGGCCUAGUCUUCGCUGCAGCAGACUUCUCCAAAGACCUAAGCAUAACCCAAACACCCUCGCUAACCGAAUUCCUCUACGCGCGCUCUGCAAUUGUAACUGCUGCUUGUGCACAUGACUUGCCGUCAAUAAUUGAUCUAGUAUGCACGGACUUCAAGACACCUGCUGUAUUGGAGGAUGAGGUGCUGAAUGGCAAGCGCAUGGGCUUCAAUGGGAAGCAGUGUAUUCAUCCAUCUCAAGUGGAGUUAGUGCAGCAGCUUUUCAGUCCUGAGUUGAAGGAGGUGGAGUGGGCAGUGAGGGUUAUUGUGGCUGAUACGAAGGCAGCAGAGGAUGGGAGGGGUGCAUGGACAUUGGAUGGCAUGAUGAUUGAUGUUCCUGUUGUGGAAAGGUCAAGAGAUAUUGUAAAGAAGGCAGAGGUUUGUGGACUUGAUGUGGCGGCGUUGAAGAAGAAGUUUGCAAGUGAGCAUCCACAAUGAAGACUCAGAAGGCUACAAUGUUAUAUAUUGGUAGUGUUUUCCCCUAUAAAUUACAUUCGGCCCAUUAAGUAUACACCCCUACGAUUGAUUGGUGAGUGUGGUUGCUGCCGUGUUCAUGCGGAGAAGCACUAGUAAUCGAGGACUGGCCAUAUCAGAGGAGCAGGUGGAUGUCAGUGGCGCUGAUGUAAUUUAAAAGCCAAAGCACUUAGCUAACUUACAAUAUACAGGUUUAUAGCUCAACAAUAUAAAGACGAUUUUGGACUUU